AUGAGCUCUCAAGAUGAAUCCAAUGAUCCCUAUGGGGCUAUCAAGUUUGGCGAGUUUCGAAAGUACAUGCAAAAUAAGCAAUCCAAACUCAAGCGACAACAAAAGGAAUUGGGAGAGCAAGCAAGCCAGGCACUACCACAAAUGUUUGCUGGCACCAGCAUUUACAUCAAUGGAUACUGUAAUCCACCUGCUAUGGAUUUGCGUAGGAUGAUUCUACAGCAUGGAGGAGACUAUCAACACUACUUAAAGAAGCUGAGUGUAACACAUAUCAUUGCUACCAAUUUGACAAACUCUAAACUACAAGAAUUUCGAUCAUACAAAGUCGUUCGACCUGAAUGGAUCACAGAAUCAAUCCAAGCUCAGCAACUACUACCAUGGCAGCAAUAUCGUCUUGUUCCAAGAGCAACAGCACAGCGAGAGCUAGUGUUCAAUACCAGCAGCAAUAGCAACAACAACAACAACAACGAGACUACAGCAGAAGCAUCAGAAAAGAUCACAGGCGAGGCAUUGAAUGCACAUGUACUCUCCAAUGAUUGGGCUCGACAUAUCUCUACCGUCAAUCCGACCUUCAUCAAAAGAUAUUACGAGACAUCGAGAUUGCAUUAUUUAUCGACCUGGAAAGCAGAACUCAAGGACAUUGUCGAGCAGCUGGAAGAAAAGUACAAGUCUGAUCCAAGUAUGUUGAGUAGAAAGCGCAAGAGAUCGUCAGCAUCGUAUACACGCGUUGUCAUGCACGUGGAUUUUGAUUGUUUCUUUGCCUCUGUCGGUAUCAAAGAUCGGCCUCACCUAACAGAGUUACCUGUAGCCGUGUCGCACAGCAAAGUAGUGAGUGAAGCCUCUUCGAGUGAUAUUGCAUCUUGUAACUAUGUGGCUCGCUCUUAUGGGGUUCGUAAUGGCAUGACUGUCGGCAUGGCAAAAGGUCUGUGUCCCUCUCUACAAGUGAUACCCUAUGAAUUUGAACAGUACAAGUCGAUUAGUAAGAUCUUUUAUGAAAUCUUGUUCAACUAUGCCGAUGAAAUGCAAGCUGUUAGUGUCGAUGAGGCUUUGCUGGAGGUAGGAUCUCAUUUUACUCAGCCCGAUGAGCAUAGCCAAGAAGAACGACAGGAGGCCUUAGCGAAACAGAUUCGUGAUGAGAUACGACAAGCAACAGGAUGCGAAGCAAGUAUUGGCGUGGCUUCCAACAUUCUAUUGGCGAGAAUGUCUACAAAGAAGGCAAAACCUGCUGGACAGUUUAUUUGUAAAUCCAUACGGGAUGUGGAAGAGCUGCUAAACAAUCAAGAGGUUACUGACUUGCCUGGUGUUGGUUACGCUAUUGGCGAUAAACUUAAAGCACUGAAUAUCGAGUUGGUGAGCGAUGUGAGAAAUGUGCCAUUGUAUGAACUACAGGCUAAAUUAGGCUUGAAAAUGGGGCAAACAUUGUACAAUUUUUCACGGGGAAUCGAUGACAGGCCUUUGAUUACCAAUCAACAGAGGCAAUCCGUCAGCGCAGAAGUGAGUUGGGGCGUGCGAUUUGAACAUGAAGAGAAUGAAAGAGAGUUCGUAGAGGGACUAGCCAAAGAGGUAGCGGAGAGAUUACAAAAGUACAAUGUCAAGGGCAAGAACAUUACAGUCAAGAUUUUGAAGAGAAAAGAAGAUGCUACGGAAGCCUCAAAAAACCUUGGCCAUGGACGCGUAGAUACGUUUUCGAAAUCAUAUACCCUGGGAUACUUUACCGAUAAUCCUGCUAUUAUUAACAAGCAUGUCCAUUCGAUGCUAAAAUCAUUUCAAUUCUCGAGUGCUGAUAUCAGAGGCGUAGGCAUUCAUAUCACUAAACUGGAUAACCAAGAAAAGCUCUCUCCUGACCAAGGUGUGCUCAAUUUUACAACUCGUCCAGCAGUGGUGAACGAACAGCAGCAGCAGCAGCAACAACAACAACAACAACAACAACAACAACACCAAGCAAUGGAGGCAGGCGAAUUAAGCAAGCAAGCAUCUAAAGAAACAAUGGAAGUAGACCCAAUUGUGUAUAAUGAGCUGCCUGAAUCUGUCAAACAAGAAUUUGAAUCAACAUAUGAGUUGGUUUUCAAAGAAUCCGCGCAUAACAACGACCUCAGCGAACAUCAGAGUACUACUCAUAAUAUACCCCAAGAAACUAUACCUCUCACUGACACAUCUUUGCCUGAACUACCGCCAUGGUCUCAACUUGAUCCACUCUCACUGCUUGCUCUUCCGGAUAUAAUGCGCGAGCAAAUUCUCAAGAGAUAUGCAUCCAAUGAGCAAGUAAGAUCCAUGGAGCCAGUGGUGAAAAGCCCACCACGCACACCUACACAUCAAAGAACAGGGCCUUCUGUAUUCAAUGUUUCAAAAACCACUUGCACUACUUAUAAAACAAGAGGUAGUAGCAGCAACAGUAGAAGCCGCACCAUCACCCAAAUGUUCCAAUCUUUAGUCAGUCCUUCUUCUUCUACUCGAUCCUAUGCACCGUGGAACCCUUCCAGUCCAUCACUUUCUGCCAACAAUGACACUACACCUACUAGUCGCCAUAGUGGUCGUUUUCAUUCCGUGUUGCAGGUACAGCAGCAACAACAGCUAGACAAUGAGUCGGAUGAUGAUCUACCUUAUGAUGCAGACGUUUGGAAUCAACUGCCACAAGAUAUGAAGGAUGAGUUGUUGGAGGAACACCGUCGAUUGAAGCGACUCAAACUACAGCAGCAGCAGCAACAACAACACAUACAAAAAGAGUCAACAGUGAGCUAUCCCCGCGAUCACCCACAAAAGGUUGAUUUAGAGCCUUUCAGAAAGGAGCCUUCCUUGCAAGGUGUAACAGAUAUUCAAGAGAUCCGAGCCUUGUUGCAUGAAUGGGUUCACACUUUUGAGGAUAUGCCUGAGCCAGAAGACGUGGAGACCAUCUCCAACUAUCUGGUGGAGCUGGUGCAUUAUGCAGAUUUAGAAAAAGUGCAGCUCUUGGUCUCUUAUAUGGUGUAUCUGGUUCGAGAUAUGGAUUCUGUGGAUUGGAAGCAAUGUACAAGUCAAAUACAGGCCAAUGUAUCGAACGCAGUGAAAUCCGUGUAUGGAUGCCCACUUGAUUUUUAA